CUCCCCAUCCAUGGUGAAAAACUUGAGGCUCUGCCGGUGAGAGCUCACUCAGCACGCAGCUAGCCACCGCUGGAGCUCCAGAGCCAUGACCCAGUCGCUGAGCCGCUGAAGCCCACCGCACAGAGCGCCUGGCUGGGCCGCAGGGCCUCGGGGAAGCACCUACCCAGGAGUGGGGGGGAACAGAACAGACAGACGGAGGAGGACAAACGCUGGAGGAGGAGGAGGAGAAGGAGGAGAAGAAGAAAGGACCCACGCUGAGCAACAGGAGAGCCACGAGACAACGGGGGGGGGGCUGCCCGAGCCUGGAGGGGUGCGCGCAAGACAUGAGAGUUGUGCAGAGGAGCCGUCACGAGGAGAGGUGACCGCUGCACCGGGGGAUAGCCCGCACACGGCCGGCUGUGGACCACGUUUUGGGUUUCUAAAGAGUGGAGGAGCGGCGGCGUCAGAGGAACAGCAGUUGGACCUGUUGCACAGUGUGUGUGUGUGUGUGUGUGUGUGUGUGUGAGAGCAUCUUCCCACGCAGGCACAGCAGCACUGCCACUAAGGAGAAGCACUCGGCAGCAGCAGCAGCUCGGCAGAGCAGAAGCGCAGCAGGCGGGAUCCGUGAGCGGACGGGAGAGGAGAAGCGGUCGCGGUCAUGAGACGAGAGGUGACGUGGUGGCUCUUCGCCGCCCUCUGUCUGUCCGCUUGGGGCAUCGCCCGCGCCGGCCGGGCCGGCCGACACCCGCCGCAGACGACGGCGACGCGACGCCAUCGCCGAGCGCCCGGCGACGACGACGGCAACAAGAAGUGCAGCUACACCUUCCUGGUGCCCCAGCAGAAGAUCACGGGGCCCAUCUGCGCCAGCGCCACGGGGCCCGCGCCCGACAAGGAGCGCGUGACGCGCAUGGACGUCUCCGACCUGCGCGAGGUGCUCCACCGGCAGCGGCGCGAGAUCGAGACCCUGCAGCUGGCGGCGGCCGUGGACGGCAACCUGGUGAGCGAGAUGAAGCUGCUGCGCAAGGAGAGCCGCAACAUGAACUCGCGCGUCACGCAGCUCUACAUGCAGCUGCUGCACGAGAUCAUCCGCAAGCGCGACAACUCGCUGGAGCUGGCCAUGCUGGAGAACCGCGUGCUCAACGCCACGGCCGAGAUGACGCGGCUGGCCUCGCGCUACCGCCAGCUGGAGGCGCGCUUCGGCCUGCUGGCCGGCGUCGUCAACAACCAGUCGGCGCUCAUCGCCGCGCUGGAGGACCGCUGCCUGCAGGCGUACGGCGGCGGCGGGGGGGGAGGGGCCGGGCGACACGAGAUGCCCGUCGUGCCCCCGCUGGUGCAGGUGGUGCCCGAGAGCCUGCCGGGCAACAGUGGGCGCUUCACCAACGAGAUCCAGCGCGUGCACAACCGCGCGCUCCCCCGCGGGUCACGCAUGGACGCGGCGCCCACACUCAGCCCCGCCGGCGUGCCACCACCAACGCUCAGCACGGAAGGGCCGUUCAGGGACUGCUACCAGGUGCGUCAGGCGGGCCACAAGGCGAGUGGGAUGUACUUGCUGAAGACCGAGGGCAGCGACCGGCUAAUCCAAGUGUGGUGCGAGCACGGCUUGGACAACGGAGGCUGGACCGUCUUCCAGAGAAGGAAAGAUGGCGCCGUGAAUUUUUUCAGGAACUGGGAUAACUAUAAGAAGGGCUUCGGGAACAUAGACAGCGAGUACUGGCUGGGCCUGGACAACAUCUACAACCUGACCAAGCAGGGCGACUACCGGCUGCUGAUCGAGCUGGAGGACUGGGUGGGCAAGAAGGUCUACGCCGAGUACAGCAGCUUCCGCCUGGAGUCGGAGAGCGAGGGCUUCCGCGUGCGUCUGGGCACCUACCAGGGCAACGCUGGAGACUCGCUCAGCAGCAACAACGGGAAGCCCUUCACCACACUCGACCGGGACAGGGACGCCUUCUCAGGUAACUGCGCCCACUUCCAUAAGGGGGGCUGGUGGUACAACGCCUGUGGCCAGACCAACCUGAACGGCGUGUGGUACAGUGGCGGAGUCUACCGCAGCAAGUUCCAGGACGGAGUGUUCUGGGCCGACUACGGGGGAGGCUUCUACUCCAUGAAGGCAGUGCGCAUGAUGAUCAGGCCCAUUGAUUAAUAGACUCUUAACCAAACACUCUUCCACCAGACAGACACACGCUCACACAAACACAAACACAGACACAGACACAAACACAGACACAGACACAGACACAGACACUCCUCCCUGAAAGCUUCGAAAAUCCCUCCUGACACUUUCAAUCCCUAGUCACAUAACUCAUGGGUGAUGCUAAAUUAUACAAUGGCAUUUUUUUGUUUUUUUAAAUGUAAACACAGACCACCUACGUUAAUAGUGCUGGGCCUCUCCCACUCUGGGGGAAGAAGGUGCACACACACACACACACACACACACACACACACACACACACACACUUGCACGACAGUCCACCUUUGUCUGGUGCUACACACACACACACACACACACACACACACACACACACACACUACACUGAGACAGCAGGUACAAGUCUGCAUAUUUUGACACAUAGAGGCUGUGAUGCACUGAUGUGGAGCUGUGUAGGGAGGGAGGAAGAGAGAGAGAGACAGAGGGAGAGAGAGAGAGAGAGAGAGAGAGAGAGAGAGAGAGAGAGAGGACCAAUCUUAUUCUGUCCAAUCCAUUUGCUUCGAGUCCUCCUCUCCCACGUCUGUUAAUAUGGAAUCAAUGCAUUCGAUCUCUUUCUCUACUCUCUCUUCCUUCCUAAGUGUUGGAUGUCUGCUCACAUUCCUUGGUUCAUCAGUCCAGUUUUGCCCACGGCCAGUAACUUCUGCCACUCUUAAAGUGGGAUCAGAUAGAUAGUUAAAAUAUGUGCAGGAAGGAACUCACUCUGUAGUGUGGAACUGUUGUGGUAUAUGCACACAUAAAUAAACACACACACACACACACACAUAGACACAGACACACACGUUUAAAGUAUACAGUAUGUUUUUGUUACCCCACAAGCACAAAGAGGACUUGAGAAAUCUGCGGCUCUCUGAUGUGGAGAUGGCUUAGCUAGCGAUUAGUAUGUAAAUAUAUGGUACUGUAUAUUGCUUGUGAUUUGUACAAGUUAAUUUAAGGUCUGCGGCUUGUUCAUGUCCAUGAUGUAAACUGCACCUCAUUCAACACUCCCAGUCAGCUAUUUAUCUUAUUUAUAAGGAUUAUGCAAUAGCUCUCUUCUACCUUACUUAUUCUGGUUACCACGGAAAGUGUUUCCAUUUGUAUAUGUCAACAUUCCUACAACAUUCCAAAUACUACACACACAUUCCCAUGAAUAAUCCCAAUUCUCUAGUACAAUCACACCAGUAAUGACAGAGAAAAGAGACACUCUUAAAGGACCCAUGAUAGCAUGGAGAGCUAAACGACGCCUCACACACACACACACACACAC